AUUAUUGUUUACGAUAUGUCAGCUGUGCUUAAAACGAGUAUUUAAAAAUGGCUGUAUAGUAAGGAAAAUUGGCAUUUUCUGUGUUUAUCGUUAAAAUAUAUGAUGAACAAAAUCGAGAAUUAGUUCAGUUUUUCAAUUGUUUAUGCAAAAACAGGAUAAAAUUAGAUUACACCAUUCAACAUAGAAACAAAAUCGAAGAAGCGGCAGCUGUUUUGUGACAAAGUAACUUCCUUGACGAAAUAUAUUUAUAUCUCAAAAUGAGCGACAGCAGGUCUGAUGAAGAUAGAUCCCUACAUUCCAAUGAAAAGUUUCAAGACUAUGAUCCUGAGAAACUCACCUGCAUGGGGCAAUAUAAUGAAGGAGAGUAUGUUGAUUCCAGCAAGUUAUCUUUUCAAGACUUGCUGAAAAUCCACCAUAAACAAACAGUUUGGGGCUUCAAAUUCGGGAAAGAACUGCGUGAUAGUACUUUGGCAAGAGAAAAGAGUAAUCUGGAGAAGAAAUCUGAUGUAAAUGAAGUUAGGGAUCAAACACAAACUAUCAUUGAUUCAAAUGAUACUGCCAGUAGUAGUAGUAGUUGUAUAUCUUAUACUGAAAAAGAUCAUAAGACACCGCAUUCGAGAAAGCGAACAGGGGCCAGAAGAAGCAGCAAAAGGAAAAGCAGUUCAAAACAUAAUGAUUUUGAAUCACCCCAAAAAACACGUAGGGCUCCAUUGCCUUUGAUGGACUGGGCAGACUCUAAAGAUGUUUGGCUGUUUAUGGUUUACAAAGAAGAAGCAUCUCUGAAUCUACGAAAUCCUAGCCUGUUUGAAGAUUUUACAAAUUUCAUGCCUAGGAUGAGAGCAAUCUUGCUGGACUGGAUAAUGGAAGUAUGUGAGGUCUAUCAUCUACGUAGGGUCACAUACUACCUUAGCAUUGACUACUUUGACAGAUUUUUGUCAAUAAGGCCUGAUGUUCCAAAAAAUCAACUUCAACUAGUGGGUGUUACUUGUCUAUUUCUUGCAUCCAAACUUGAGGAAGUUUAUCCCCCUCGUUUAACAGAAUUUUCCUAUGUUUGUGAUGGUGCUUGUAGCCCAGAAGAAAUUCUUGCUUGUGAAUUAUUAAUCUUGAACAGUUUAGGUUGGGACUUGAAUAUUAUGACCCCUAGCGACUGGUUGAAUCUUUACAUGCAAAUACAUUUUCAAGCUGGAAGUGUUACCAGGCAAAAAUUACAUUGUGACAUUAACAAAGGCUUUUUCUUUCCACAAUAUUCUGGUUAUCAGUUCACCAGAGCUUCACAACUUACCGAUAUGUUCAGUUUAGAUCCAGGAUUUCUUAAAUUUAGUUACAGUACCAUUGCUGCUGCAGCAAUGUACUUUAUGUAUGGGAAAAAAACUGCUUUAGCUACUUCUGGUUUGUCUUGGAAGCAGUUGCAACCUUGUGCAGAGUACAUGGCAGUAUUUUACCAUGUUUUACGGGAUAGUCCAGAUCCUAGGUUGCAGUCAUGUAAAGGGGAUCCAGCAGUGGAAGAGCAACCUAACACAUCGUUGGAUAGUAUUAGACACACGGGAAUCACUAAAAUAGCUAAUGACGACUUACUGUUCCUGAGAGAGUACUGCUCCUAUUCCAUGGUGGGAUGCAUCCAUGUCGAGGAUGACAAAGCCCCCCUCCUUUGGGUAUGCCAGAAUGAGACACUGGUCAAAUGUCUCUUCAAGGCAGCAAAUAGUUUGCGGGCAGUCUGGGGACCAAACGAAGGGCGAUCUCUUCUCAGUCAAGCUAUGCAGUGA